CCAGGGCGCGCGGGGGCCGGGCCGGGCGGCGCGGCGCGGCCAUGAGCGGGCGGCCGGCGCCGGUCUCCCGCAAGCAGCGGCUCAUGGCAGCCGUGGGCGAGCGGGCGGCGGGCGGCGGCGGCGGCGCGCCGCUCUCGUGCUUCAUCUGCGGCGGCGGCAUCGGGCGCGGCAAGGAGCUGAAGCUGCAGGUGAAGCAGCCGGCGGCGGCGGGCGCGGGGACCCCGGCGCAACCCUUCUUCCCGUUCCUGCAGCAGCAGGAGCCGGCGCCCGGCGCGCGCGAGCUGUCUCCGGCCGACGGCUGCGUCCUGGUGUGCGCAGUGUGCCGCUGCUUCCUGGGCGAGCAGUGGGCCGCCUUCGAGCGCGCCCGCACGCCGGUGGACAAGCGCAUGUACUGGCUCAAGCGGCCUCACCAGUGCGAUGCGGGCGCGGGUGGGCGCCGCGGAGGCGCCGGGGCCCCCCGCGAGUGGAAUGUCGCCUACGCGCUGGGCAGCGCUGCGGACGACGACGACGACGCCGCGGGCGGCCCCCGGCUGCGUGGGGCCGCGGAGGAGACGCGGGACUCCGACCUGUCGGAGCUGUCGGACACCGACCCGCUGUCUGAACCCGACCCAGCUGCUCGUGACACCGCCAGCCCCCACCAGGACCGGGCACCAGCGCUGCGGGCCACCCCGGGGCCAGGUCCUCGUGGGGGCCGCUGCCAGGAGUGGAGGCCAGCGUCGGGACCUCUUCCCGGACAGGGCGCAGAGCCCCUGGCGCAGGAACGCGUGGAGGAGGAGGAGGUGCCCUCGAGGAUCCCGGUGGAUGGGGAGCCCAAGCCUGGCGUUAGGCGCCGGCGGAAGGGGGUCGGGAGGCCCUGGGCCCCUGAGGCCCGGGCCAGCGUCCUGAGGGGCAUUCAGGACCCUUGGCAAGGUCCUCCUGUCCAGGAAGCCCCUGUAGAUGGCAUGAAAGGAGGCCCCUUGGGCAGAGCCACCAAGCCUGGGGAGAGCAGGCCGCUGGUGGAGACCCUCGGAGGCUUCUGCACAUCUGAGGACAGCGACGUCAACAUCGCCAGCGGGGCAGAGGACAACAAAGAGCAGCCUGUCCCAGGCCCCUGCGGCCCCAAAGAGAAGGAGAAUGGUGGUCGGGCCCCCCGGGCACCCCCUGAGAGCCGGGUGGCUCCACCAGAGGGCCUUUGCUGCUAUAUCUGCGGGUCAGCACUGUCCCCAGCCUCGCAGCACCAGAUCCACGUGCAGAAGCAGGAGAAGCUGGCCCAGGCGCCCUUCUUCCCCUUCCUGUGGCUGCACAGCCCGCCCCCCGGGGCACAGCCCAUCAGUGAUGGCGGCAGCACCCUCGUGUGCCCCUGCUGCUUCUCCUCCCUCAUGCAGCAGUGGCAGAGCUUCGAGCUGGCCAGCGUGCCAGUCCUGCAGCGGCUCUAUGUGGUGCCCCUGAACAGCCGUGCCCCUGGCAUGGCCUCCAAGGGCAGGAGGCUCCCAAGGGAAGAGGGCCUGCCUGCCGGCGCCCUGCGAGAGGCCUGCUACCUCUGCGGGGAGGACUGCACCCAGGAUGCCCGGGCAGUGCCCUUCAGGGCCCUCAAUGGCAGUGCCCGCAGCGUCAUGCAUUUCCCCUUCCUCAGCCUCCUGCCCUGCCCGCCAAACGCCCAGGGCCCCAACAAGCGCUGUGAAGUCCGCAGCUGCCCCAAGUGCUUCAGCGUCCUGGAGGACAUCUGGGCCCUGUACCGGGCCUGCCAGAAUGAGGCGCUCAUCACCUCUGUGCAGGGUUUCUUGGGCAGGUACCACCAGGCCUUCUCCGCCUCUGACCCUGUCCUCUCUGAGUCACCCUUGGCAGCAGCCCAGGGUGGCCCCUUGUCUGUCUGCUACAUCUGCGGGGCCGAGCUUGGCUCUGGGAAGGAAUUUCAGCUCAACGUGAACCCCGCCAGCCGCUUGGGCGAGAAAGAGCCCUUCUUCCCCUUCCUCACCGUUUACCCACCGGCUCCACGAGCCAGGCCUGUGGAUGCCACUGGCCUGGUGGCCACCUGUGUGCUCUGCUACCAUGACCUGCUGGGCCAGUGGCUGCAGCAUGAGGCCCGAGGCACCCAGCACGCUGUCAGCGCCUGGUCUCGGCAAUACCAGGUGGAGACGUUCGUGUGCUUCUUCUGCCAGCAGGAGAAGAGACGCUGCUUGGGGCUGAAGUCUGUGCGGGUGGCCCGGCUGCCCUUGUUCCUCUACACCCUGCGAGCCAGCCACAGCCUGCUGGUGGACGAUGGGCAGCAGCUGAUCAUCGGCGCCUGCGUGGAGUGUGGGACUCUGGUGUGUGCGGGCCAAGGGCUCACCCGUCAGGGACCCGUGGGCUGGAGCUCCCCAGUGGCUGCAGCGACAAAGGUGACUUCUGCACCUCUGGAGGCACCAACAGCCGCCUACCUUCCCGCUCGGGAGCCUGAGCCCCAGCCGGGCGCUGCAGCAGAGACCCUGCCCAGGGGUCCCAGGGCCACUCAGGAGCCAAGGCCAGCACAGUGUCCACAGAGCAGCCGGGAUGGGGAUGGACCAGACCUCGCAAGCACAGGCAUGAGCCAUGAGCCCAAGUCCCCUUCACUAGGGAUGCUUUCCACCGCGACCAGGACCACCGCCACCGUCAACCCCCUCACCCCUUCGCCGCUCAAUGGCGCCCUGGUGCCCAGUGGCAGCCCGGCCACCAGCAGCGCAUUGUCGGCCCAGGCCGCCCCGUCCUCCAGCUUCGCCGCCGCGCUGCGCAAGCUCGCCAAGCAGGCGGAGGAGCCCAGAGGAUCUUCACUGAGCAGCGAGUCGUCCCCUGUGUCCUCUCCAGCCACCAACCACAGCUCUCCCGCUAGCACGCCCAAGCGCGUGCCCAUGGGCCCUAUCAUCGUCCCCCCUGGGGGCCACAGCGUCCCCAGCACGCCCCCCGUGGUGACCAUCGCCCCGACCAAAACUGUCAAUGGCGUCUGGAGAAGCGAGACCCGGCAGGAUGCCAGCUCGAGGGGCAGCAGCAGUGGCCGGGAGCGCCUCAUCAUGGAGCCCCCACUGCCCCAGGAGAAGACAGGGGCCCCAGCCAUCCCUUCCCAUUUGCUCAGCACCCCCUACCCCUUCGGCAUCUCCCCCGGCUCUGUUGUGCAGGAUUCCCGCUUCCCGCCGCUCAACCUCCAACGGCCUGUGCACCACAUCGUGCCCCCCAGCACGGUGACCGAGGACUACCUGAGAAGCUUCCGUCCCUACCACACCACUGAGGACCUCCGCAUGUCCUCCCUGCCUCCCCUCGGCCUGGACCCAGCCACUGCCGCCGCCUACUACCACCCCAGCUACCUGGCCCCGCACCCUUUCCCCCACCCGGCCUUCAGGAUGGAUGACUCCUACUGCCUGUCUGCCCUGAGGUCUCCGUUCUACCCCAUCCCCACCCCUGGUUCCCUGCCCCCGCUGCACCCGUCGGCGAUGCACCUGCACCUGUCUGGGGUGCGCUACCCCCCAGAGCUCUCCCACUCAUCCCUGGCAGCACUGCACUCCGAGCGCAUGUCCAGCCUCAGCGCGGAAAGGCUGCAGAUGGACGAGGAGCUGAGACGUGAGCGGGAGGCUGACCGUGAGCGGGAGAAGGAGCGCGAGCGGGAGAAGGAGCGGGAGCGGGAGAAGGAACUGGAGCGUGAGCGGGAGAAGGAGCGGGAACGGGAGCUGGAGCGCCAGCGGGAGCAGCGGGCCCGGGAGAAGGAGCUGCUGGCCACCAAGGCGCUGGAGCCUGUCUUCCUGCCAGUGGCCGAGCUGCACGGGCUGCGGGGCCACGCCACUGAGGAGCGGGGCAAGCCCUCGGAGCAACUGACCCCCACCCGAGCAGAGAAGCUGAAGGAUGCCAGCCUGCAGGCCCCCAAGCCCGCGCAGCACCCCUUACAUCCUGUGCCCACCCCGCACCACGCCGUGCCUGGCCUCGUCUCCAACCAUGGCAUCUUCUCCCUGCCGGGCAGCAGCGCAGCCACAGCCCUACUGAUCCAGCGCACCAACGAGGAGGAGAAGUGGCUGGCGCGGCAGAGGCGGCUGCGGCAGGAGAAGGAGGAUCGCCAGUCUCAGGUGUCCGAGUUCCGCCAGCAGGUGCUGGAGCAGCACCUGGACAUAGGCCGACCCCCGGCGCCGGCAGAGGUGGAGCACAGGCCUGACAGUGCCAGGCCUGGACCAAACCGUCAUGAGCCAAGCAGCCGAGACCCCCCACAGCACUUUGGUGGACCACCACCCCUGAUCUCGCCUAAGCCCCAGCACCACACCGUGCCCACAGCCCUGUGGAACCCAGUGUCUCUGAUGGAUAACAGCCUAGAGACCCGGCGGGCUGAGAGCCACCCUCUGCACAGCCACCCAGCUGCCUUUGAGCCCAGCCGCCAGGCAGCUGUGCCACUGGUGAAGGUGGAGCGGGUCUAUUGCUCAGAGAAGGCAGAGGAGGGGCCCCGGAAGCGUGAGGCCACACCCCUGGACAAGUACCAGCCACCACCCCCAAGGGAAGCAGGGAGCCUAGAGCACCAGGCCUUCCCCCCUGGGCCUGGACCCUUCCUCACUGAGCUCGAAAAGUCCACCCAGACUAUCCUAGGCCAGCAGCGGGGUCCCCUCCCGCAGGUGGCACCCUUUGGGGAGCUCAGUGGGCCCGUGAAGCCUGGCUCACCCUACCGGCCCCCAGCGCCACGCGGCCCCGACCCCACCUAUAUCUACGACGAGUUCCUGCAGCAACGGCGGAGGCUGGUCAGCAAGUUGGACCUGGAAGAGCGCAGGCGGAGAGAGGCCCAGGAGAAAGGGUACUACUACGAUCUGGAUGACUCUUAUGAUGAGAGCGACGAGGAGGAGGUCAGGGCCCACCUGCGUUGCGUGGCUGAGCAGCCACCCCUUAAACUGGACACAUCCUCUGAGAAGCUAGAGUUUUUGCAACUUUUUGGCUUGACCACCCAACAGCAGAAGGAGGAAUUGGUGGCCCAGAAGCGGAGGAAGCGGCGGCGGAUGCUGAGAGAGAGAAGCCCCUCACCUCCAGUGGUGCAGAGCAAGCGGCAGACACCGUCACCAAGACUGGCGCUGUCCACCCGCUACAGCCCAGAUGAGAUGAACAACAGCCCUAACUUCGAAGAGAAGAAGAAGUUCCUGACCAUCUUCAACCUGACCCAUAUCAGUGCUGAGAAGAGGAGAGACAAAGAGAAACUUGUUGAAAUGCUCCGUGCCAUGAAGCAGAAGGCACUGUCAGCAGCAAUGGCAGACUCCUUGACAAACUCUCCGAGGGACAGUCCUGCCGUCUCCUUGAGCGAACCAGCCACACAGCCAGCCUCUCCGGAUACAGAUAAGCCUGUUGCUACUUCCUUGUCUGAUGUCCCAAAGGCCGUGGAGUCUGGGAAACUGGAACAGCUCCGGCCCCAGGAGCCAGUCCCUGCCAGUGGUGAGAAGGCCAGGCUGAGUGAGGCCCCCGGGGGCAAGAAGAGCCUGAGCAUGCUUCAUCACGUCCGGGGCACUGCACCCAAGGACAUUCCUGUGCCGUUGUCCCACAGCGUCAACGGGAAGAGCAAACCGUGGGAGCCCUUCAUGGCGGAAGAGUUUGCACAUCAGUUCCACGAGUCGGUGUUGCAGUCCACCCAGAAGGCCCUACAGAAGCAUAAAGGGAGCGUGGCUGUGCUGUCCGCAGAGCAGAACCACAAGGUUGACACAUCCGUCCAUUACAACAUUCCUGAGCUGCAGUCCUCCAGCUGUGUCUCUCUACCCCAGCACAAUGGGCAGCAGGAGCCCCCCACAACAAGGAAGGGGUCCCCCACCCAGGAGAUGGACCAGGACUCAGAAGACGACGAUGAGGAUGAUGACGGAGAAGAGGAUGAAGAAGCCCCCCGGCGCAAGUGGCAAGGGAUUGAGGCAGUUUUCGAAGCCUACCACGAACAUAUAGAAGAGCAAAAUCUGGAGCGGCAGGUGUUGCAGACACAGUGCAGACGGCUGGAGGCCCGACACUACAGCCUCAGCCUCACGGCUGAGCAGCUCUCCCUCAGCGUGGCGGAGUUGAGGAGUCAGAAACAGAAGAUCGUCUCGGAACGGGAGCGGCUCCAGGCGGAACUGGACCACUUACGGAAGUGCCUUGCCUUGCCUGCAAUGCAUUGGCCUAGGGGCUACUUUAAGGGAUAUCCCAGGUGACGGUUUCCCUUGCACUAGGCUGAACCUAUAGUAUAGAAAUAUUAUCUAUUUUAUUACCUUGAAUAUUUAAUAUUUUUCACUGGGAGGUUUGAAGCUUAAAAACUAAGAAUGUGCCAUGCAUGAAGCAAAGGGUUCCAGGCUCCAGAAAAGAAGAACGGACUCACCUUGACUCCCCUGUGGUGGUCAGCAAGCAACCAGCGUAGGAUGCCCAUGGUUUUUCUUUCUAAAGGUGGUUUUACUCCUUCCCCCACGUCAUUACUUUUUAAUCUGAAAGUGAAAGCUCCAUCACCAACACUAAAACAUUAUCAGUUACACCCCCACCCCACCCCAUGCACAAGAUCGGGUCAGACUGGUCCUUUUCUGUCUCUUGAGCUGCCAUGUCAUUGUGCCCAACAGUGGAGUUGGCUGUGGCUGCAGUGAUGGGGUGGGGUCCAUUCCUCCCCAGGAAUGAGACUGUGCUUCUGCUGAAAAGGUUGAGUGCAUUGUAAAUAAAAGGGCUUAUUUGCUUGUUACUUUUCUGCAAAAUUUUCUUCAAAGCCACAGGUUCUAGGAGCACACAAAGCAACAACCCAAAGGCUUUUCCCUUAAAUGAGUCCACAAGGUCCCUUUUUCCUACUCCGUGGGGGAGAAUGUACAGAGCUCUGUGUAUACAACAUUCACACCCACCAGAGUGUUACUGUGGUGGGUGGUGUUUUCAUACAAACAUAAAUUUUGAGAGAAAAGUCAAAGGUGCUUCAGCCUUGUACUGUGUAUAUAUAUUAAAAAAAAAAGUUUUGUAUGUUUUUAUUACUUUAAUUAUUGUUAUAAAAAGCCUGCCAUUUUUAAUAUGUGGUUUGGGGGAUUUUUGUUUGUUUUUUCCUGUUUGGGGGUUGUGUUUGUUCUGUUUUUGUUUUUCUGGGCAAAAAAACAAACAAACUUGCUUUUAGUGUUUGUACUGCUGCUGGUCAGGACAUUAAAAUAUUGAAGUGUUUUUAAAAAUUAAAGAAGAAGAAAAGUAAAAAAGAGCUUACCAUUGGCGCCUAUGCGAUCACUUCAUUUCUAAUUUCAGCUGCACCAGAAACUGCUGUAGAAAGCCAUGGGUGACUGCUUCCCUCCCCUGCCCCCGCUCCAGCCCGUCCCCACAUUUGACACACUAAUAGCAGACAACCCGUUGGCUAUUAAGGAGGGGAUGGUCUGUGGUGGGCACAAAAUACAACCUGUGCGUGGCAAUCACAUGCACACUAAAAUACCUCGCAGGAAGUAACGACUCUGAGCAGGUGCAGAGUAGGGACUUCAGAAGAGCCCAACGUAGGGUCAGCGGUGUCUGAGCUGAACUCCUUUUCCUACUUCCUGUGACAAGCGUGGGAAUGGCCAGAACCUGGACUCACCACACGAAGGUGAAGCAAUGGGCAGGGCUGUCCUUGUCCCAGCCGCUGUUCAUUCAGGCAGUGUUUAGAUCAAGAAGGCAUUUUGCCCAAACGGGGCCUCACAGAGGCCAGCGCAGCCCAUUGCUCACUGGUCUGAUUUGGGGGUGGGUGGCAGGCCUGGCCUCGGCAGGGUGGAUGACCUACGUAGGGGCUGCUCAUUGCUGAGACCAGUGGCUGAGCCCUCAGCCUUCACUGUGCAGAACAGCUUGCUGGCAGCUGGCAUUGUGUUGCUUUAUCAGCCCCCACACAGUUUGCUUUGUAUGUCUGCCAAGAAUCUUCCAGUUAUUAGCAAACUCAGACAAAUGUGCCGCUAGUAUUAUCAGCAGUCAACAAGCACCUUCCUCGCGGCAGAAGCGACUGGAGAGCUCAGCGGCCUGCACUGCAGCCCUCCUCUGAGAGGCAGUAAGAGGGUGUGUUCCACAGGUGUUCCAAGGGAGCGAUGCAGCCAACCAUCAGGCACAACCUGACUUUCUCUGCUUAAAAUCCGCUUGCAGUUUCUAGUCUGAAAGCUUAAGAGUCACAUCUCAGUCGGUCACUCCCAGGCCACCUCCCACAACAUCCAACAUCACAGAAGAGGUCUGGAUGCUUUUGCUAAUAAGCUUUGGUCAUGGCCUUCGCUAAGUAAAAGGAAAAAGAUCCAAUAACAGUGGAAAAGAAAAGCACAGCCCGUCCCUUGCCAUCCAAGGGACUUUCCCUUGGUUCAGUUUUUUGGUAUGGGGUGAGUUCAUGGCAUGUGGGACAAACAACUUGUUACUACAGAGAGGGUGGCCCAGAGUGGGGGCUUGUCCCUGAGCCAGCAAUAACUUUCUCCCCUUCUGGGUGGAGAUCACACCUUUACCCUGCCCUUGAGCUUCUCGACCACUCUGCCUGUAGAGAUCUCUGAAUAUUCACAUGCCCAAGAAAUAAUGACAAUCAGAAUACAAGUUCUUACAGAAACUAGUAAGGCAGUGUGAACAAGAAAAAGGUAAGAAAAAAAUCUCUCAAACAGAAAUGCACCAAGGCGUAGUACUCAGCAAUGGUUUUCCCAUCCAACAAUUAGUUUUAUAUCAUCUGAAAACACUUAUUUUCCUACAAUUCUGAAAAGACACCAUAGCAUCUAAAUCUGUUUUCACACAGUUGGGCUUCACAAAAAUUAGAUACAUGCCGUCUGAGCAUUCUGUUCAGCUUUCACGGGUUUGAAAGCAAGUCGAGGGGCACGUCAGCUGUGUGUCAGGGUUUGUGUGAAGUCCUUGGUCCGCUCAACUAGGAGUCUUCCUGUGCUACCCGGAAAGCACAGCUGCCAUCUGUCCUCUGCAGAGGAAUUCACUACCCUUUCAAGGGAUACUCCCAACACUAUAUCUGGUUCCACAUUUAAUCAGAUCUUUGAAACACGUUUUUCUUUGUCUCAUACGAUCAGAGCCAAAAUGAUGUGAUAAAAUAUGCUCCAAAUAUUUUUAUGUCUCCAAACACAGUGACCAAGGUAGGAUUUAACAUCUCAGUCUACUUUUAUAGGAAUCAAAACACCCGACUGACAUCAACAUUCUAAUAGAUUGUUCCCUAAGGACAUUCAGAGCAUUGUAUGUAAAAGCAGCCCACACCUUCAGUAGCACAGAAUUAUAACACAAAAAAUCGUAAGCCUGUGGCAGAAUGGUAUUUUCCUGAAAUAGCUCAGAAUACUGCCAAAUCUCAGUAAAGCUGAACUGUAAACCCCUUUCCCUCUGAGCUGCACAUUAAUUAAACUGUAGGAAAUGUCAGGGAUCGCCACAAGGUGGAGAUGGCCAGCACAAGCCUGUUGGUUACUCUUUCCAGUGUCUUAGCUACUUGGCAGCAUUCUCUAUACUCUCCAGUAUCCGAGCUGUUGACGUUCUUACUACUUGCAGUAGCCUGUCCCAACUUUUUGAUCCAAUGCUUAACUUAAGAAAACUCCUUAACUCUGCCUUGACCUGAGGAAGACCAUGCUAAUUGGUUGUUUUGCUGUGUGUACCAUGUGCUUAAUCGCUAGAAGAGUAACCCAUACACGGGUGGAGGGAGGAACACCGGUGCCUCGGUCACUGGGGGCAGUCUAGAUGCUGUGAAAUUAAACCUGUUCUAAGUGUACUUGUUUGAAUUAAUUGUAUUGUAUUAUUAUUUGUUGAAUGUAGUAAUUAGGUAUUUAUGAAUAUAUUGCUGUAAUUUCUGACAACAUCCAAAAAAUAAAAUCUUCCUAAAU